UGCGUGUCAUCUCGCCGUCGCGGUAAUAUUUCGCUCCCAGGCGCGCCCAAGGAUAAAAUAUCCAUAUUGAGUAUCGACGACCAACGUAUCAUUCAGAACCCAUUUUCCCUCGCAAAGACAAGCCUCAUGCUCCGGUCGACGCUGCGGAAGAUGCAUCCCUUCCUCGCCACCGCCGGCGUCGUCGACGUGCUCUUCGUCUCCCUCAUGCUGCCUUCGUGGAACGUCGUGCUCCUGCGCGUGGCCGCGAUCAUGCUCGGGCUCGUAGCCUACGCCGUCCUCACGAAGGAAGCGGCGCCGACGCGCGAGGUCUGCACGCUCCUCUCGCUCGCGUCCGAGCAUCAAGCUAUGGACGACUACGAAGAAGACGAAGACGACCUCCAAGAGUCACCACGACAAAGCGGCUUUGAGUGGCAGCCGCAAGGCUUUGGUCGCAUCGAGCCAGGCUGCCGGCGGCGCCCAACCCCCAAGGUCGACGAGUUUGCAACCCCGAUGAUGAAGCGCAGCAGCAAGAACUUCGAGAGCGAGGAUGAGGAUGUGGAUGAGGAAGACGACGAUGCGAGCCCCGAUACGUCGCCCAUCCAUCGACUCAACGGCAGCGCGACCGUCCGGCAACUCGUGGACUUUGACACCUAGCGUGUCUUUUCCCUCUCUUCGUACUUAUGGUGGUCAAAAACGACAUAUCUCUGUCUCCGUCUC